AUGGGGGCGAACGUGAGUCACGCGGCGGCAGCGCCGUCCGCACCUCCGCCUCCGCCAAUCGCACCCGCGGGAGUUCCUCCGCCCCCCGCGGGCCCGGUUGGCUUGCAGCAGGUCGUUCCGCCGGCUGAUGCGGCGGGAAACGCGGAGAAGCCUCCGGAGAAAGUGGACUAUCUGAAUCUGCCGUGCCCAGUGAAAUACGAGGAGAUCCAACGAGAAGCACUUAUGUCGUUAAAGCCCGACCUCUUCGAGGGUCUUCGCUUCGAUUUCAACAAGCCGCUUAACCAGUCCUUCUCGCUCUCGCACAGUGUGCUGAUGGGCAGUGCGGAGGUGCCGAAUCAGUCGGGGGGCAUUCUGAAGGUGCCGCAUUCGUCGUACGAGUUUGGAGCGAAUGUGCUCGACGCGAAGAAGAUGCUGAUUGGCCGGAUGGCGGACGGGAGGUUGAGUGCGCGGGUGAGCUGCCAGGUGACGGACAGCGUGGCGUUGAAGGUGAACGCGCAGAUUGUCAACGAGCCGCACUUCUCGCAGGGCAUGUUUCAACUCGACUACAAGGGGUCGGACUACCAGUGGCAGGCGCAGGUGGGCAACAACGCGUUCUACGGAGUGAACUACAUUCAGAGCGUCACACCCACGCUCUCCCUGGGCGGGGAGGCCUUCUGGCUGGGUCACCAGCGGCGCUCUGGGCUGGGCUUUGCUGGGCGAUACAACACCGAUAAAGUGGUGGCGACAGCACAGGUGGCGAGCACAGGGGUGGUGUCCAUGACCUAUGUGCAACGCGUGUCUGAUAAGGUGGCCCUAGCAGCUGACUUCUUGCACAACUGGAACAGCAAGGAGUCCGCCACGAGUGUGGGAUACGAUUAUAUCCUGCGCCAGUGUCGGCUGCGUGGGCGACUGGACACCAAUGGGUGUGUAGCGGCGUAUCUGGAAGAGAGGCUCAAUCUUGGGGUCAAUCUCCUUUUCUCCGCUGAGGUGGAUCACUGGAAAAAGGACUAUAAAUUUGGAUUUGGCAUGUCUGUUGGGGAAUAG